AUGGGGUCCACGCCCAACUACACCAACCUCAGACCUCUCGGACAUGGACCGGAUGCUAUUACCCAUAACCGCAUUGUUGUUUCCAAUAUGCUGCAAACACCCGAAGCGCAUAGUCCGUCGCGUUGGCAGGAUGCAGCUGAUAUGAUUGACGAGCAUCUCUCCAAUGGCGCCAGACUGGACGGAACGUACUUGAGAGCGGAAGACGUCGAGCUGCAGGAGUACAUCGCCGCGGCUCUCCGAUCAAUGAGACCUCACCAAACCCGGGAUUCCGAUAUCAAAGUCAUACAACUCUUGAGUAUCGGACGAACCAGCAUAGCUGGCGGAGGUUUCACGACACCGAUGACAUCGGACGAAACUGUGAUUCGUGGGAGAGGUAUGAUCAGACGCGGCGACAACCGACAAGGAUAUCUCGACAAAGUUCCAAAAAGAUACCACCGUCGUGCAGACCACGACCGCGUCAUGGUCUACGAGUGCAACCGAUACAAGGAUUCAGUCUUGUUUUCUGCUCAGACUAUGACCGGGAUGGAAACCUCCAGUCGCGGCAAGUCGCCCAAUGAGCUGAUGUAUUUCGACGCUGCCGAAGAACAUCUCGAAAGGUCACCAGAACAUGAAAAGAAACCGGCCCCCGAGUUACCACCACCUGCAAAGAAGUCGAGGAAAGAGACCGAGGACAACAAGCUGCUCGAGAAGUGUCCUACCAAUCACGAGUCUAACAUAAACACGGCCACAAAACACAAGAUCAGACGCCUCAUCGACGCCCCUGCAAUGCCAAUCCCGGAUAUUGGCAUCCAAUCUGCAACCAAGGCAGAUGUCUGGCGUUGGAUUAUUCUGAUGGGCCUCACAGUCAACGCGCCUCCGCUGUCAACUGAGAUGUUCAUCGCCAUAAGGUUUCACUUGUUCAUGCUCUGGGCGAAAAGAUGGGACCUGGUACCGUGGAAACACAUGACCGAAGAGCGUACAAAGUUACACGCCCUGAUCUCGAUGUCCGAAGAAGCAUCAGUCCAUGAGUGUCUGUACAUGAGCGUCAAGCAACUCGAGGACUCUGGCCCUCAGCACGGCGAUCGUAUCACAAACCCUGACUGGACGUUUGGCGACGCCGUGAUCUUCCUGCCAAUCCAUCCACUGCCACACCUUCUUCGUGACAAGAGAAAGCCCUCUGCGGUUGAGCUAUGGAAGGCCAUGGACUACCCUACUGCUGAUACAGCUGGGUCAACGAGAAGUGGGGGAGUCCUCGCGGAUGGUCGCCGUGCUGCGAUAAAGAAGAUGUGCGAUCUCUUCUUGACGGAUUGGACCCCUUACAUCAACGGGACCCAUGACGCUACAGCUUUCGAAUUCAUUCGUGGCUCAGACAAUUCAUAUGGUGGAUUUUGGCGAUUCACCGUACAGGGAUUGUGUCUCCGUUGGCUAAGCCUUCCUAGGGAAAUCAAUUCGCUAGCACAUCGAAUUCAUGAGCCUGAUUCAUCUAUCUCAACUUUCUGGGAUGGCACAACCGCAUCUGCGUGCGAUUUAUGGUAUGACCGUAUGGACCGUCUUUCUCUUGCGGUGGGGGAGUUCAAGAAGAAGUGCAUGAUCGGAUAUCACCCUGAACUUGACGAAGACCUGCGUCCUGCCAACAGUCAACAGGGGCGACAAGAGAUUGAGGACCAGAACUACGAAAAUCAUUCGCCACCAUCUCUGACUGGCGAGGACCAGGAUAUGGCAGCUGCAUCCGAUGACUCGAUGAGUGAUCCCAUCAACACCGCCGAGACUCUUCCCGAUCAUACGAUAUUCUCCGGGAAUGAAGAAGCCUACUCCAUACCACUGGUAACCGAAGAUAAUGAGGUUGGUCAUAUCCAGCCUAGUGCUCAGACUAUCAACAGCGACCAAGAGAUGGCAGAGCCCGAAGGCGAAAGCGGUGGGAUCACGGAGGUCUCGUCUGCGCCAAUCACCGAAACCGUUGAAGUCGAGCAUGGAGACCCACGUCCGAGCCCAUUGAACGACACUCCAGAGGACGUAGACAUGCUGGAAUUUCAUCCGAACACCACCAGCUCGCAAAAUCUUAAUCCAGCCUUGGAGGAAGACGACGACCGCAACCCUAGGGGAAAAUCUGAUGAGCUUGGAGACCACGAUGCCCCGACGACUGGUAGCACUCCACACAUGCAUUCCGUCGAAGACAUGACAACCUCUACCAACAGCGGCGAGCCUUCAUCUGAAGUCGGAGAUAUUCAUGAUCAACCAGUCAAGCAAGAAAAUGAUGACCAAGACAUGGAAUGGACGGUGUUGAUCCCGUAUGGAAGAUGGAAUGGUUUCGGAGAUGAUGAAGUCUUGGGCUGGAUAUAG